AUGACUCACAGAAGGAAUUUGAUUGACAUUGUGACUCUGAAUGAUGCUUUCACCCGCUACAUUAGCCUUGCUCGCGGUGCAGGUGCCACAAGUGGAGGUUCCAUCGAGAUUGAAAAGAAAGAAGACCCUGCGAGAUUGCCCUCGGAGGCUGGCCAGCAGAUAAGGACUUAUGAGGGUGAAUUGGAAAUGGGUACCUCAGCUUCUAAGGCUGUAUUGAUAGAACAAUUAGUAGAAUUGUUAAAGAAACAAGGUAAAAAGCUCCAAGGAAAAUGUCUCAGAAUCAUCUUCUCUGUGUCUGAUGUCAAGCUUUACUGCUGCUAUGUAGUGAUCAUGGUCCUCACUGUAGCUGUAAUUGCACUUACUGUUGCUAUGUCAUUGUUAGUGAGAAAAGAAAAAUUGGUCAAUGAGAACCUUAGACUUUGCUAUGCCGACUGCCCAAGACACUGGAUUGGAUUUGGAAGUAAAUGUUUUUAUUUUUCUGGUGACAUGGGAAACUGGACAUUCAGCCAGACCUACUGCAUGGCACAGGAGGCCCAGCUAGCUAUAUUUGAGAGCCAGGAAGAGCUGAGUUUCCUGAAAAGAUACAAGGGGGAUUCUGACCACUGGAUUGGCCUGCACAGAGAGUCAACACAGCACCCUUGGAGGUGGACAGACAACACUGAAUAUAACAGCUUGGUUCCUAUCCGAGGAGAAGGAGGAUAUGCCUACCUGAGUGACAAAGUGAUCAGCAGUGGCAGGGUCUACAUGAAGAGGAAGUGGAUCUGUAGCAAGCCUUGCUAUACUUUACAGGAGCCAGUGAUUUUAAAACCUGGGUAG